UUUUGCUGAUCUACUAUAGUUGACUUGAACGACCAUUUGAUGCCGACACGCAGAAACGAAAUAUCUAACCAAGGCCAUGAGCAGUCGAUCUCUCAACUUCUAAACAGGCUAAGCUAAAAUAUGUAGAAACCAUAUUGCAGUUUUAUAUUGAACCUCAAAAUGAGCGAGACAAGCAGUGGAAGCGAUGAACGCAUUCAAUGCUUAUCCAUCGCACUUCAGCGAUGUGUUGGUGAUAGCGAAAGAGAUGUUAAACAAUUGGCAAACACGUUACUGAAUAAAGAAAUAAUCAGAAAAGACAAUAAGAUAUUCGAUCUCGUCAAGAAAAAUGAUCUCAAAGUGGCGCUGGAACAGAUGACCCAACAUGUGUUGAAAGCCGAAAAGGGGUUUAAAGAAUUACCAUCGCAUUUGAAGGAAAGUGGAGUGAAAAACCAAGUUGUUUCAUUGGUAGAGAAGCUGGUUGAAGACAACCCACAUCUUACAUUCUUCAAGCUUGUCAAACGCUGGGAUGUAUUGAUUAACCAAAAAGAGACAUUCAAAUUGAAAAUACAAAAGUUUUGGCCGAAUGUAGUUGAAGAGUUAAUUCGUAACUGGCCCAUUCGAUUCCUGCUCUUUUGUGCUGAAGACUCUGCUCAUGCUCGAGCGAAAGAACUACUUUUACAGACUGAUGAAGGGAAGUCAGAACAGGUAAUGACUGAAAGUGGAUCGUCGGAUCAUGGAACGAGGAGUCUUGAAGAUUCUACGAAAGGUGAAGAAUCCGAUCAGCCCGAAUCACUGGAUUUUGAAAAUUGUAACAACUCAAAUACCACGUCAAAAACAGGCAAUGAAACACAAAAUAGAGACUUCCUGACUGAAUGCUGCGAAGAAAUAGAAAAAUCAAGAGAAAUUCUUCUUCCAAUAGUUCGACUUAUAUGGCCAGGGAAACCAGAGAUCACAAAUGAAGAAACAUGGCCUGACGUUUUGAUGAGUGUAGCAUCCGAUGAGGGAUUUGAGCAAUGUCUAGAUCAUUUCAUAAAAGCAUGCCGUUACAUCUUUGAGAAGUUAAAGACAUCUCCUAAUUUCAAGCCACAAUCAUAUAUUGAUACCGGAGCAGCUGAACUAUGGAUACAGAACUUAGAAACAUACUUUAAUGAAUCAAAGGAGCAAGUAGAAGCAGUGAAAUUGUUAUUGGAAAUUAGUUGGCCUGAUAUAAUUAGUAUUCCGGCAAAGAUGUGGAAAGAUCAACUUGUUCAAAAGUACCAAUGUGAUCCUAGUUUUGCAACGGAUUUUGUAAAUGCAUCUAACAUCCUUCUUGGAAUGAUUGAAUUUGAAAACGCAAAUAAACCAUCUAAAUCUCUUUCUGAAGACUUCAAUAAAAAUAUUGCGCCAGAAAAAUCUGUAAACCUGACAGUGAUUGCUGGAAUUUUAUCAGAAAAAGAUGAAGACCAUCUGAAUCUGUCACAGUUUUUGGUGGACAAUUAUGAUGCGGUGACAGAAUCAGCAAAUCUGCUUCUUCCAAUAGUAAAUUUAAUCUUGCCCGAAGACUCGGAACGUAGAUCAGCAGACGACGAAUCUUGGUUGGAUGACUUGAUGAGCAUAGAAACUGACAAUGAGAAUAAAGUAUCCCAUCAACUCUUUAGAAAAAUCUGUUUUUGCUUCCUAGAAUUCGGAAAGGCAUCUCCAGUAUUUCAGAGUGACCCAAUAGCUGAGCCAGAAGAAGCUUGGGGUUGGGUAGAAAAAUAUCUACAGAAGCCGAUAAAAUCAGAGAUAUCGAUGAAAAUGUUUGAUAUUCUUUUGAGACUUACAUGGCCGAACAUCGACAGCAUUCAGCAAACAUGGAUGGAAAAGUUGCGCACGCAGUAUGCUGAUGACAAAGACAGAUUCCAAGACUUUGCAAAAUCUGCAAAAAUUCUGUUGAAAUCGUUACAGGCCUGUGAAACGAAGAAUAUUGGAAACGGUGUAAACGAUCAAAAUUUAUCUCCAGAGGUAGAGUUUCUGAAAGGCAAGUUUGAAGAACUAACUGCGGUACGAGAUAUGCUUGCUCCAAUUGCAAAAGUAAUAUGGCCGACGGAUACAAGCAUGGCUGAAACAGAAAACUGGCUGAAUGAUUUAAUUUCUGAUCUUUCCAAGACUGAAGAUCGUUUACCAGGACAACAUUUUGUGCAUGUCUGUCAAUGCAUUCUUGAUUUGAGCAAGGAUUCUCAGGGAUUCCAGUCACCAAUAAUCAUGGAUGCGAAAUCAGCAAGAGGCUGGAUAAUGGCUGUGCAAAAAAAAAUUAUUCAGCUUGGUGAAGAAGAUAUGGAAACAGUCAAUAUUAUACUUCAAUUGGCCUGGCCAACCAAUAAAAAGAUUGAUCCAACUGAGUGGACAAAGUUAUUUCUGAGACAAUACAAACUUGAUAUUGCCAGAGCAACUGAUAUUGCUAAUGCAGCUCGAACAAUCAUAUGUUUGAUUGAGAAUGCAAAGCAAGAUAGCCUAAAUGUACAGACUUUGCAGGAAAUGGAAGAGUCGAGUCCAGAACUGGAAUUUGUCAAUGAAAACUAUGAAGCAAUAUGUGACUUGGAACUUUUUCUACUCCCAGUUGUACAACUAAUUUGGUCCGCUGACCCCAUUGAAUAUGGCGAAGAAGGUGACUGGAUAGAUGAAUUACUAUCAAGGAUUGUUCCCGCUGAAGAUGAAUUAUUUAUUGAUUUCAUUGAGUUGACCAAGCACAUUUUGGAUAUUAAAAAGAAAAUACCAGAUAUGACAUUGGUGCAAGUACCGAAUAUUGACACAAAAGAUGCAAGAGCUUGGGUUAUGAAUGGCCCAAGACAUUUCAAGAAGACAGAAAAAAGGACGGUUUUGUUCAAUAAGCUACUACAUAUGGGAUGGUCAAAAACUGAAAAGAUGCAGGUUCAGGAUUGGACGACAACACUUUUACAAAAGCAUAAGUCCGAUACGUUGAAAACCACUGAAUUUGCAAAUGCUGCAAAUGUGUUUCUGCAGAUAUACAAAGUUAAUGCGGAUAUAGUAACAAAUGAUAUUGAAGAAGCAGAAUUCCAAAAGUUGGCAACAUUUUUGAAUGAGAACUAUGAGAGUAUUUCGAGCACCAGAGAAGUUCUUCUUCCCACAAUGAAAUUCACAUGGCCUGGUUUUGGAGAGCAAGUUUUGGAAAAUUGGCCUGAUGAUGCUAUUGCUACAAUAUUUGAACAUGGAAACAUUGAUAGUUUUCAACCAUUUAUGAAGAUUUGCUCUUGGAUAUUAACACACACAAAGGAAGCAAAAAUAUUCAGAGUUACAAGAGAGCAAGGCAAAGAUGAUAAAAGUCUCCGUAAAUGGAUAUUGGACAAUACAAAAAAAUUUCUAGACCCUGAAUUGGGAAUUGAUUUAUUCAAUGCUUUACUUGAAAUUGCGUGGCCUAUGCUCGGAAGUACUGAUAAAGUAGGAAGUCGGGAACCCUGUAGACAAACAGCACAGCAAUGGAAAAGUGCCAUGUUUGGAAAAGUCAGAAAAAAUAAAGACCGAGUUACUGAACUUAUCUACAUAGCCAACAUAGUAUUGGAUUUGACCAAGUUGAAAGUAAGUUCGAAAACUGGAAUUGCAGAAGAAUCAGAACAACCUCUGGAAGAAACCACGACCAUGAAGCAAACUGAUGAAGGAAAAACUAGAAAAGAAACAUCGGUGGAAAAAGCUCAAGCUUGUCCAACACACACUGCAUCUCGUCCACGAAUUGAAACCCGAUUGCAAAAAAAACAAUUAAAAAAUGCAGAAAAUGAAGACACAUCAAACAAGCAGAAUUACUCAUCAAAUGUUCAGGAAACUCUACCAACUUUUGUAACUGAAACUUAUGAAGCGGAGAGGCGAAAAGGCGCAACAACAAAGAAGCCAUCACCUGAUGAGAGAAGGAAAUCAAGGGCGGAUACUGUAACAAAUGAACCAUAUGCAAGACGAAACGAUGGAGCAUCACUCUUGUCAUCAAGACAAGGAGUGUUGCCUGCACGAGAUUGUCCAUCACAGACUCUAUUUCGUUCACGCAGUCAAACCCGGAUGCAAACAAAUCGAUCCAAACCUGACCAUUAUGGUAUUCAAGAUCAAGUGUGGCCAUUAGAACAAUCUUCUGCCUCAUCCGAGGAAUUGCGAAUGAGACAAAAUCAAGUCCAAAGUCGAGAAAUUAUAAUUCGUGUGGCGGCAUCAGGUGUUCAUUCUGAUGAAAUAGUCAGAAUUAGGAUUGGAAAGGAAUGGAUUGCCAUGGACCAUCUUGAGUAA